GUCUGCUUUAGGCAUGGACAAAGAAUUCGAGUCGGAAACGCUUCGCAUGCGACCCUGCGUCGACGAUCCCUUUUCUAGGUUGCAUUCGGCCGACUGAUUACUCUGAUCCUGCCUUUCCUUCGUCUCUUCUCUUGCCUCAUUUCUUCGCAAGUCCCAUCUACGCGCCCAAUUGACGUCUUUUUCAUCUCGUAUAACUACUCCGUUACCCGAACGAACCACCGACGGCUCUCGGCAGCUGGCGUCGUUUGACGGACGACCCACGGUUUGCGUGCCUCCCGGCAUCAGUCCACCACCACCCAUGGCGCAACCGCCGCAGCAAUAUGGCCGCGGCGGCGCCAAUGACGACGACGACGAGGUCGCCCCUGACGAUGUGUCGUCGCCGAACCCUGUGGCGGGCGCCGUCUCCCACGACCAGGACAGACUGCCGGCGAUCGUCGUCGCGUCUGGCGAGGGAAACACAGUCGACUCGAACUUUGGCCUUGGCAUCGACGGCGCUGGUGACGACGACGAUACCCACGACAACGCAAUGCAACGGCCACCCGCACGGCCGCGCAUCCCGUCGCUGCUCAGCCCGCCGCGCCAGGCCGCCGCCAAGCACAGGAAGAAGUCGGAGCCUUUCCUCCCGGCGAGGGGCCGGGACAGCUUCCGCGGCUCCGUCGUCCUGACGAGGUGGCACACGGCCCAGGGCCCCAAGGACGACGACUGGGCGGCGGAAAACGAUGUGCCGUUGCUGCUGGACACGGAGGAGAUGGCCUCGGACGACGAUAGCCCGUCUUCGGACGACGAGGGCGGCGAUGGCAAGCACGACAUCGAGGACGCAGAUAUCGCUGCGGCGGCGGCGGGCGGCGACUCGAAGAGAUCGUCGCAGGAUGACUCGCGCUUCUUUCGCUGGUUCCGGCUGUGCAACGAGCACUGCAACACAAAGGCCAAGGUCAAAAAGGACGGCCGCCUGCGCAUCACGGUCCAGGAGACGGCCAACACGGGAUACCUCGCCAAGGCGCUCGGCACCGCCACGCAGAGGAUCGCGCCGCCCGGGAAGCGCGCGCCGCCGCGGCGUCGCAUCCCCACGCCCGACUCCAUCGCGCCUCAGCCUCGCCUCAGCAUCGUCAUCAUGGUCAUCGGCUCGCGGGGCGACAUCCAACCCUUCCUCAAGAUCGGCAAGGUGCUCAAGGAGCAGUACGGCCACCGCGUCCGCGUCGCCACGCACCCGGCCUUCCGCGACCUCGUCGAGCGCGAGACGGGGCUCGAGUUCUUUUCCGUCGGCGGCGACCCCUCGGAGCUCAUGGCCUUCAUGGUCAAGAACCCGGGCAUGAUCCCCUCCCUGCAGACCGUCCGCGCCGGUGAGAUCGGCAAGCGCCGCGAGGCCAUGGCCACCAUGUUCGAGGGCUUCUGGAGGUCCUGCAUCCACGCCACCGACGACGACAAGGACAAGGCCAACUUCAAGCUCAUGGGCGACAAGGACCCCUUUGUGGCCGACUGCAUCAUCGCCAACCCCCCUAGCUUCGCGCACAUGCACUGCGCCGAGGCCCUGGGCGUGCCGCUGCACCUUGUCUUCACCUUCCCCUACACGCCCACCCAGGCGUUCCCCCACCCCCUCGCCAGCAUCAAAAAGUCCAACGUCGACCCCGGGUACACAAACUUCAUCUCCUACCCCCUCGUCGACAUGAUGGUCUGGCAGGGGCUCGGCGACCUCGUCAACAACUUCCGCGUCAACACCCUGUCCCUAGACCCCGUCUCGACGCUGUGGGCGCCGGGCGCGACCUACCGCCUGCACGUGCCCUUCACAUACCUCUGGUCUCCCGGUCUGGUCCCGAAGCCCGCGGACUGGGGCGAGGAGAUUGACGUGACCGGCUUCGUCUUCCUCGACCUGGCGGGGGCGUUCAAGCCCGACCCGGCGCUCGUCAAGUUCCUCGAGGCGGGGGAGAAGCCCAUAUAUAUUGGUUUUGGGUCCAUUGUGGUAGACGACGCCGAGAGAUUCACCGAUAUGAUCUUUGACGCCAUCGAAAAGGCCGGCGUUCGGGCCCUGGUGUCCCGAGGAUGGGGAGGCUUCGGUCGAGACGACGUGCCGGACAACGUCUUCAUGCUCGGCAACGUGCCUCACGACUGGCUGUUUCCCCAGGUCAAGGCGUGCGUCAUCCACGGCGGCGCUGGCACCACGGCGAUUGCCCUCAAGUGCGGACUGCCGACCAUGAUCGUCCCCUUCUUCGGCGACCAGCACUUCUGGGGCAACAUGGUCGGCAGCUCAGGGGUGGGGCCGGCGCCCGUCCCGUACAGGGAGCUGACCUCGGACAAGCUCGCCGACGGAAUGAAGUACCUCCUGACGGAUGAGGCCAAGGAAGCGGCGGGGAGGAUUGCCGACGACAUUGAAAAGGACGGCGACGGCGCCGAAAAAGCCGUCCUGUCCUUCCAAAAGCACCUCCGGCAGUACGGACCGACCUCGCUGCGCUGUUCGCUUCUCAAGAACCAGGUCGGCGUGUGGCACGUCAAGGGCACGAGCAUCCACCUCGGUCCGCUGGCGGCCGACAUCCUGGUCGAUAGGGGGGAGCUGAGCUGGAAGAAGCUGCGGCUCCUGCGGCACAUGGAGUGGAACGACUUCGUGGGGCCCGGAGAGCCGUUUACGGGUCUCGCCGGGUCGUUGACGGAGACGGUCAGGGACACGGUAGUCGGCAUCGGCGGCGCGCCGUACCGCAUCGGCAAGACGGCUACGAAGAGAAUCAAGGGCAAGAUCAACAAGAGCAAGAAGAAGAAACGCGAAGCCGAGGACGGCGCGGCGGCGACUGGAAGCGCAAGUGAUCAAGAGGCCGAUCGAAGCGAGAAACAAGCCACGAGACCUAAAGCCCCACGAAAGGAGUCGGUCGUCACACCAGGUCCAGGGGAGUACGUCACCGACGUCACCCACAGCGUCGGCCUGACGGCAAAGGCCAUCGCCAUGGCGCCCGUCAGCGUUGCGCUCGCCCUCGCGCAGGGCUUCCACAACGCGCCGCGCCUGUACGGCGACGACACGGUGCGGCGGCCGACGCGCGUCACGGGCUUCCGCUCCGGCCUCGUCGCGUCGCGCAGGGAGCUGGUCUACGGCUUCUACGACGGCAUCACGGGCGUGGUGCGGCUGCCGGCACGCGGGGCCAAGGCUGGCGGCUUCGGCGGCUUCGUCAAGGGCACGGCCAUGGGCCUCGGCGGGCUCGUCCUCAAGCCCAUCUCAGCCGUGGUCGGCCCCGUCGGCUUCACGCUGCAGGGCGUGGCCAAGCAGGCGGAUCGCUGGCGGCGGCAGCCGCACAAGCUCAUCCGCCGGGCGCGCAUCCGCCAGGGCCAGCGCGAGACCCAGGCGCUGCGGCCCGACGAGCUGCAGCGCACGCGCGACCAGGUCGUCGACGGGUGGCACACCAUGAAGCAGCUCGAGCGCGCCGUCGUCGAGGCGGAGCGUCGUCACGGCAUUGCCGGCCACAUCGACCACCUGACGCUCGACACGAGCAUCAUGUUUGCCGACGCCGACGUCGCCCGCUGGUGCCUCGCGCAGCUGCGCAAGGGCGCCGGCGUGGACGAGGUGCUUGACGCGUCGUUCAAGAACAAAGGCACCGCCCGCUCGUGGAAGCCCCUGGGCCGCGUGGCGACGGACAAGAAGGUCGUUGCGGCGGCGGCGGCGCAUUCAUCUGCGGAUAACAAGGCAGGCAAGGCGGCCGUGGUCAACGGGCAGAGGUCUUCGACGGAGAGGAUGGCCACGGACGGCAAGGGAGGCGGCAACACCCCCAAGGACAACAACAACAACAACAAGGAGCCACGGGGCCUGCACGCGCCCGCAGCGCCACCUCCUCCCGCGCACUUGAAACAAGACGCGGCCACGAACGGCAGUAAGGAAACGGCACCGACGGGACCGACGGCCCCCCCAACGGAGCAAGCCGCGCUGCUGCAGGAGAAGCAGCAGGUCGCAGCAGCAGCAGCAGCAGCAGCAGCAGCAGACGCAAACGCCACCAUGACGAACGGGGAAACGGCACCCGUGGCGGCUGCGUAGUGUUUUUUUCUUUCAUAAUUCCUCUAUGUUACGUUAUUACAUGGUAUGGGGGGGGACAACUUGUGAAUAUACCCGGACAGGGCGUCAUGGGGGCGUGCCUUGUAGCGCUGUAAAGAGAGUUUCACGGUGUGGGUUGUUAGAAUCAUAUAUGCAUAGAAAAAGG